GGUGACGCAAGGGCGGCGGGUCGGUGCGGGCGGGAUGGCCGCGGCCGAGGAAGCGAUGGAGCCCGAGGCGGAGCGGAGUUCGGAGGAGGGAGAGGGCGACGCUGCGGAGCUGUCGGCGGAGCUGCGGUCGCGGCGCAGCGCGGAGACGAGGCGGCUGGUGCUGUCGCCGAGGCGGCUGCCGGGGUCGCUGCCCGCGGGGCUGGCGCAGUGGUUCCCGGCGCUGGAGGUGCUGGACGUGAGCGGGACGGGGCUGACAGAGCUGGGCGAGGAGCUGCUGGCCCUGCCGCACCUCCACACGCUGCUGGCCAAGAACAACCGGCUGGGAGCGCCGGGAUCGCUGCCCAAGGGGCUGGGGAGGGCGCCGCUCGGCCGCUCCCUCCGCGUCCUCAACCUCAGCGGGAACCGCUUCGGUGAGGUGCCGCCCGUCCUGCUGGCGCUGCGGGGGCUGCGGAGCCUCAGCCUCGGUGGGAACCGCCUCCACGGCAUCCCGCCCGACAUCCAGGAGCUCCGCAGCUUAGAGUUUCUGUACCUUGGAGGGAAUUUCAUUACUUCAAUCCCACCUGAAUUAGCAAACCUGCCUUCUCUAAGCUAUCUAGUUCUGUGUGACAACAAGAUCCAGAGCAUUCCACCGCAGCUGGCACAGCUGCAUUCACUGCGUUCCCUUAGCCUGCACAAUAACCUGCUGACUUACCUUCCUCGAGAGAUCCUUAACCUGGUUCACCUGGAAGAGCUGAGCUUGCGUGGGAACCCACUGGUGGUUCGUUUUGUCCGUGACCUGACCUACAAUCCCCCAAGCCUUCAGGAACUGGCUGGGCGCACGAUUAAAACUCGCAACGUUCCCUACGCUCCCAGCGAUCUCCCGGAGAACCUUGUCCGGUACCUGAGCUUGGCCAGCAACUGUCCCAAUCCUAAGUGCGGGGGUGUCUACUUUGACAGCUGCGUCAGACAAAUCAAGUUCGUUGACUUCUGUGGGAAGUAUCGCAUCCCGUUGAUGCACUACCUGUGCUCCCCCGAGUGCUCCUCUCCAUGCAGCUCUGCCUCCCAGAGCUCUACUUCCCAGAGCGAGUCUGACUCUGAGGAUGAAGCCAGUGUCGCUGCACGCAGGAUGCAGAAAGUCCUUCUGGGAUAACAGGGAGCAAGAGGGGAAGACUGGAAGGAAAACGUAUUUGGAAAAGCAAUAAUGGAACAGCAAAGCCUGGGCCUCUGGCCUGAAGGGCUCACGAGAAACUAUCCUCAAGUCCAUGUAAGGGCAGAACAUCUUAGCAAGCCUAGACUUGCUUGGUGCAGGGCUACUUAGAACUAACUCAGUGGCGUUACUGCCUGUAGGGUGCCUGGGGUCGUUGGAAACCUCUGCUGUCUGAGAGACACCCUCUCCCUCAUACAGGCUGGGGAGGGGCCUUUGUUCUCACUGGCAGAUUGAGAAGGGUUUUAAUAUAUGACGCUUCACUGGAUUUCAGUCAUCCUGCAGAGCAAAGGGUACUGUCCAGACCUUUUAACACUGUGGUAAAUCAGAAACAGGCUAAUGAUGCCAUGUGAGUAUGUAUGGACCCCAAUGUUUUAUAUAGCGUUAUGAUUCUCUGCUAUCUCCUUUGAUUUCAGUUACAGAUUUUACACCCUUCCACUAAAAAUGGGAGUUGUAUUUUGUUGUUGUUCAGGAGUAGAUCUUUCCAAACUCUUAUUACUCUUCCUUUGCCUAGAGGUGUAGGGUGUCUGUGCUGUUGCAGAUGUUACAGCCAUUGUAGAACUGAGCCACCUUUUUUCUCAUUUGUUAAACUAAGCUGCUUGUAUUUCUUAUUUUUCCUUCCUCUCCCUCUUCUCGUUACACCUGGAGUGUUACUGUCUAUAUGGUGCCUUCAGAAAACAGACGAGUUGUUCUAUUGAGACUUGAUAUUACUUCAAACUUGUGGCCGUACGUACCUGUGAAGGACCAGAUGCGAUGCUAUGUAUCAUGAUUUUGAGUCUCAGCUUACUGGAGCAAAUCCACUUUUAGAUCUGUGAAUUGCAGGAAAGGCUCGAUUGACAUUUCUUGUUUCUAACAACCAUGUCCCCCUACUGCAGCCAGCUCUGCUGUGUUUGGUACCGAGUUCCUUUCCAUCUUUAAGGCCGUCUGCUUGAAGUUGGCAGCAACUUACUGAAUUGGAAGUACUGAGAGAAGUGCCGUGGAGCAUUGUUUUUUUUCUUGUUCCAUAAUAUGAGAGGAAAAGCUGGUAGGGAGGCUACGGCAUGUUGUCUGAGCAUCUUGCACAAGGUGACUCUUUGUUAUUUAUUUGUUUGCAUUUGCUCUUGUUAUGAUAGACUUGGCAGUCUAUUGGAUUGUUCAAAUAACAAAUUUGGUUAUCUUGAGCUAUGCUUAAAGGAAAGCUGCAGGAAACAGCUCAGAAUUUUUAAGUAUCAAAAGAAAUAGCUUAUAAAGAUUAAUAUUAUGAAUUGUCAGGUAUCUAUAAAUCUACUUUAUGGGGCUGGUUUGUGUUUUGCUCAGUGAGAGCUGCCCCUUUAUUAAUAUUUAAUGGCAGACGGCGCUUUUGAUGUGGUUUCAGAUACAGCAAAUCCAACUGUGCCUUUGAAUGCAUGAGCAGAGCAAAUACAUUGUGUUAAGAAGCUAAAUGAACAAGAAAAGCUUUUCUUAACCCAGUUUGGUCCUAAGCGGAAAAUUAAAAACCUGUGCUCCUCUCCUGCAUUCAGAAAAUGCAUACAUGUAUUUGAAUAUCUUAUGGCAGCUCUGUGUUAAUGGUCCUGUUUAAUUAGAUUUGACACUUUAAUAUAUUAAAGCACUUUGAUAAUUCUACACUUUGAAACUAGCUUUAGUGAUUUUUUUUUUUUCUGUUAGACUACUAUUUUUCCUUUAAUGUGACCUGAAGAACAAGGUCUGUGAAACAUUGUGUGUUCCAGUCUGUCUUGGUGUGCAGGUUGAACUUCUUUCCUUGCAUUUCCUUGACAGCACUGCUCAUUUCCCCAGAAAGAACUGGAAUUUGAAAGAAAUUAUCUUAUUGUAAAAUAGCACCCUGUCCAUUAUUAAUCAUUGCAACUUAAGCUGAAGAUUCCCUACGUGCACAGAUCCACAAGGAACUAAAUUACACAUGCUCUGUGCCUUUCCAAAUAAUUUAAGUAUAUUUUUAGGACACGAUAAGGUGUCUGCCUAUAUGUGCAAAGCAACUGGAUGUCACUUUAGCAAGUUAUGUGAGGUUUGCUUGGCAAGAACCUACAAAUUUUGAGAGAAACCAACUGCAUGCUGUUAGCUAAAUUGGGAUCAGCAAGUGGCCUGUGUUUUGUUCUUCAUCUCCUCUUUCAGAUGCUCUGUGUCCCAAGUGAAUUUUGUCAUGCCAUUGCUAAAGGACAGUAAAAUGAUUGCAGAGUCACGAUUUUUAAUUGGCUGCUAAUAUAACAGUAGUGAGCUACUGAGUGAUCUAGAGCUUGGCUCUUGUGCCAGUGAAAGCAAGCCACACAAGUUGAGAUCUCAAGAUCUUCUGAGCUCAGGGCCAUGAGGUACCACCUUCUUUUUUCUCUCUUGAGCAGCAGCUGUCUUGAAGUCAUACAUUGUUUCUCUUCAUGAACUUAGAUUUCACCAGGGUUCCUGUUUGCACAGUAACACCUCUCUGUUUGACAGGCUAAGACCAGUGGUGGCUGGCUCUAAUUUAGCUCCAUCCUUAACUGCAUUUUCUUUUGUGACUGAACAGGCAUCCCAUUUCUGCCCCAAUUCUAAUAGGGCUAGUAAGGUAAUCUUUUUUACAGCUUCUUCACUGUAGCCGGAUCAAAAUUUGACAGCUUAUGCAGUUGAUAUCUCUAUGCAUUUUUAGAUUUCAUAAAAUAUCUCUUAAAAGUUGAUAUAAAUUUCAUAAUAUAGCUACCAAGUUUUCUUUUUGCUGCUGGGCAUUAAAGUGCAAUUCAAGUAAGUCAGAAUUUAAAACAAUCAAGGACUUGUAAGGAAAACAAACAAUUUGUUGGUUGGGUUUGGCUUUUUUUCCCCUCAGAGGUCUUUCUGAGAGGACACGGGAUGCAGGUUUGUACUGUAGUGCCUCAGGUACUGAGCCCCCAGGAGUGAAGGUUUUCAGCAGUUGAUGGCCCCCAAAGGCUGGAAAAUGUACUGAGUAAUAAAAUAGAUAAGACACAACUUGAAAAUACACUGAUAGAUGAUAGGGACUAGUUCCUACUAUCCCCUUCUCAGGGGUCCUGAGAAAUAGAAAGUGGUUUCGCCAGCAUUAUAGCUCUCUUUGUCAGUUUUAAAUAGUAGAUUUCAGUUCCUACAGAUGUGUCUCCGAGUGAAGUCUUCAGUCAGUGUUUUGGUAUCAGUCCUCUUGUUGUUACAGCAGCCCAGCACGUCUGGCUUUUGAAACUGUUCUUAAGCCGAGACACAAGUGUGUGAAGCAAAGUUGCUCAUUCCCUCUUCCCUGUGGGGCUUGGGGCCCUGCCUGCAUUCAUCCUCUGCCCCGCCAUCUCCCUGCCAAGGGGAGCUGCUGGUGUGUUUCUGAAUGCAGGUACUUAAUGUGAGCAGUGGGGUCAUGUUAAAAAGAAGCAAAAUAUCAAUUUGACUGGAAGCAACUUAUACUGUUGCCAAUUCUUUUAUGUUUCUCUUUCUUUAGUAAGAGGUGAGGCUUGAGGAAGUCAGUAAUGAAUAUUUAAACAUACUCUGAAGUGGCCAGAUGCAGUUUUUCAUGGUCUUCUGUCCUGGUCAUUUUAAGUCUUUGAAAUCUUGUGUUGAAUUAUAAUGGGAGUGGGGGGGAGGGAGGGGAGAACCAGCUCCUUUUUGUUCCUUAUUCUUGUUGGCAAUAAUGAAUGGAAGGAAUUUAAUCCAAUGAAAGUAAUGAAACUUAAUCCUUGCAAUGUGUCUUUGUUACCCAGUUCAAAGAACUAUUUUAAUGCAUCUUAUUCACACCAUGCCCUUCCUCCCCAAGUGAACAUACUUCAAAUAGACUACUUCAGAAUGCACACUAAUACAGCAGUAACUCUAUCUUGGAAACCUUUCUAUUGAUUAUUUCAUUUGCUUGCCUGACUAGAGAAUCGAUCUUUUACUGACCUGAACAUUAAGGGUAGAAAGGGUUCUCAUCCAGCCCUGUUGUUGAAUUUUUAUCAUGAGCAUUUGUUUUAGGAAAUCUUAAUGUGCCUUAUGUUUUUAAAAGUGUAUUUUGCUAGAAAUUUAUGAAUGUAGAAUAUCUUUAACAGUAUUUCAUUAUGAGCUGUAAAACAAAUUGCAAACACUAAACCAAAAAUGUUUUUUCUGCACUUGUCUGUCUGUUAUUUGUCUGCAUCUUGAUUCUGGUAUUUCUGCAGGUAGAACCCUUGCAGAAUUGUAAACAUUAAAAAUGGGGUUACACGUGGUGGGGAACAGAUGGAAUUUGACCUGCACUGUGUAAAACCAAGAGUAGGUGAGACUUCCAAAGGAACUGCUCACACUCUUGGCUUUUGGGGCCCACUUGUGACAGACCAGGGUGUGUGACAGACUAGACCCUGUUCUGCAUCUGGUAUAGUGUUGCAGAAAUUUGCUCCACAGUUUAAAGGUAGAAAUAACUCUUGGGCAAGAUGAGUGUAUGAACCAAGGAAAGGCAAUGUCAUGGUGGAGUUUCCCAGCAGUAUGAAACAGCAGUUCUAAACUUCUUGAAUUGUUUCCCUUUUAAUAUGCCAACCCUGAAACCUGUAAAUAACUUUUUGAAUGUUAAUUUUCUGAUCAUGUUAACUGGGUGAUGUGUUCCCAUUUCUUGUGUAAUCCCAUGUUUCCUCCUACAUCCUGAAGAGUUUUUGUGAUCUAUUGCCAAAAUAUUUUUAGAUCCUGCUGUGCAAUUACCAGUCAUCAGUGCAGAAAUGUUGUGUAUCGGAAAAUGGGACAGGGGAACAAGAAUUACGUUGUACUAACUUCUUCAGGAACUAUUUCAGAGAUGGUUCGACUUCCUAUGUAAUAUAAAACCUCUCAAAUUAUGCUACGGCUCCAUUUCAAAUAACAUAAAAUACUGAGGAGUG